AGAAGAAAGGUCACUGAUUAGGAGUCGAAGUUUAUACAAAACGCAGAGAAGAUGACAAGUAACGAUGGUGGCAGCAGAAAUGGCGAGAGAACUUCAAUAGAAGGGAGUGACGAUCAAGAGGAAGACGAGAUGGUGUCGAAACUGACCGUAUCUACAUUACAAGCUAGAGAAGAAGAGAUCGAUAGGAAGAAGAUGGAAGUAAGAGAGAAGGUUGAACUUCAAUUAAGCCGUGCCGAGGAAGAAGCGAAGCGCUUAGCACAGAUUUGGGAAGAGCUGAAGGUAAUGGUAGACCCAAUGAGGAAGGAAGUUGGCAACGUGCGAAAAAGAAUAGACACAGUCAAGAGAGAACUGAAAUCACUGGGACAGAUAUGCCAAAAGAAGGAAAAAGAAUAUAAAGAAACCCUGGAAAUAUUCAAUGAGAAAAGCAACGAGAAAGCUCAGCUACUCGCUGCACUAAUGGAGCUGCUGGGUCAGAGUGAGAGAUGGAGGAUGGAAAAGCUCGAGGAAUUGAGUAAGAACAUAGAGUCAACGCACUGAUCAAUGCCUAAUAAUAAAACCAAAAAUAUGAAUGACUAUUGUCGUCCACUGGUAGCAACUUUACCAUUCUUUUUCCCUUCUUAAAUUUGUAUUCUUAAAGAGUUUGCAUACUUCACAAAGUGUUUAAAAAUAAGCAGGCAUGCCGUCAUCCCCAUGCAGAAAAUUGAUCAUUCUUUGAUCAAUGUCAUAAAUUAGUAUUAACAAUAUACUAACCCGCUCAUAAA